AUGGACAAGGGCAUUAUAGGUGAAUGUGGGAAAGCCUUUAGCCACAAAAAUAAGCUCAUUGAACACCAAAGAGUUAACACUGGAGAAAGACCUUAUCAGUGCAUUGAAUGUGGAAAAUUCUUUAGGCACAGCUCUAGACUUAUGGUACACCAGAGAGUUCACAUGGGUGUAAGGCCUUAUGGGCGCAGUGAAUGUGGGAAAGCCUACAGCAGAAGUUCCCACCUUGUUUGGCAUAAGAAAGUUCACACUGGAGAAAGGCCUUAUGAAUGCAGCAAAUGUGGGAAAGCCUAUAGCAGCAAACACACACUUGUUCAACACCAGAGAGUCUAUGCUGGAGAAAGGCCUUAUGAGUGCAGCAAAUAUGGGAAACUGUUUAGCCAUAACUCCAGCCUUAUUGUACACCAGAGAGUUCACAGUGGAAUAAGGUCUUAUGAAUGCAGCAAAGGUGGGAAAGCCUUCAGCUAUACACACAGACUUGUUCAACAUCAGAGAAUUCACACUGGAGAAAUAUCUCAUGAGUGUAGUGAAUGUGGUCAAGCCUUUAGCCAGGAAUACAGACUUGUCCAGCACCAGAAAAUCCACACUAAAGAAAGACCUUAUGCAUGCAGUGAAUGUGGAAAACACUUUAGGCGAAGCUCUGGGCCUACUGAACAUCAGAGAAUUCACGCUGGGGCAAGACUUUAUAAGUGUAGUGAAUGUGGGAAAUUCUUUAGCCACAAAAUCACACUUGUUUGGCACCAAAGAAUCCACACUGGAGAAAGGCCUUGUAAGUGCACUGAAUGUAGGAAAUUCUUUAGCCAAAGUUCUGGCCUUAUUGUACACCAGAGAGUUCACACUGGUGAAAAGCCAUACGAGUGCAUAAAAUGGGAAUUUUUUUUAGCCAAAGAUCCAGCCUCAUUUUACACCAGAGAGUUCACACUGGCAAAAAGCCUUAUGAGUGCAACAAAUGUGGGCAACCCUUCUGCCUUAAACCCACACUUGUUCAACACCAGAGACUACACACUGGAGAAUGGCCUUAUGAAUGCAGUGAAUGUGGGACAUUUUUUAGCCACAAGUCCAGCCUCAUUAAACAUCAGAGAAGUCACACUGUAG